UUUAUCUUGAAAGAAGRAACAACUCGAUUUUUACUCGCGACCCUCUAGAAUUUCUCUCAUUUUCUUUAUCGUAAAGCCAUUAAUGGGACUUAAAAUUGCAUAAAACGUAACUUUAGUAUCUGAUAGUGGAAUCUGCAGGCCUAUUUUGGCGAAAAUGGUGAGAGAAACGCGUCAUCUUUGGGUUGGAAAUCUUCCUGAGAACAUCCGAGAAGAGGACAUUGUGAAACACUUUACCAGAUAUGGACGAGUCGAAAGUGUUAAGAUUCUUCCAAAGCGCAGCUCAGAAGGUGGAAGAGCCUCCUUUGUUGAUUUCGUGGACAUCCGUAGUGCGACCAAGGCCCACGAAUCUGUCAAUCGUAUUGGGGACAGAGAAAUGAGAACUGAUUAUAAUGAGCCGUCGAGUAAUCAAACAACUAUAUCAUCACGGGUGCAUGAUCCUACAGCUCGUCCUGUUAGUGGACCCCCACCGUCACCCCCUAGGGGUAGGAGAUACGAGAGAAGGGCAGAGGGAAUGCAAGAGGGACGAUACCCCAGCCGUUCUGCCUAUCCAUAUGAAGGAUACAGUGAUGAAGAAAAUAAUACGAGAUCUGAGAGAACCAGAUAUCAGGGACAUAAGGGGUAUUCUAGGAGUAGUGACGUCAGCGCAGCACCUAAAAGAUCUGGAAACAAACCUGAAUCCUUCCAAAGCCAAGGGCCCAGUCCAGACAAUUCAAGUGACAGCGAGAGUGUCAGUAGCGACAGUCAAAGUGGAACCCAGUCAGGCAGCUCAAGCAGUGCCAGCAGUAGUGAAGAUGAGAGUGAAGUUGAAAGUAGGAGUCCCUCUCCAGGCUCGGAGGCAUCCAGGACCCAUAGAGCUUCUUCUUCUCUGUGUGUUAAAAACCUUUCUACGAGAUCAAGUGAUGGUAGCAUAAGAGAAGGCCUGUAUCAUGAGUUUAAGAAGCAUGGAGAAGUGACUCGUAUAUAUGUACAAGGAACUGGUAGUAGUAGGUCAGCUGUUAUUUUCUUCAGAAGACCUGAAGAAUCUGAACGUGCCAUGGAAGCUUGUCAGGGAAAGAUGUUCCUUGGAGCAGAGAUGCAGAUUCAGCCAUGGAAUGGCCCUCCAGAAAAGACUGGUGAUCGUGGUGAUUCCAGUGACUUUCCUCCUCGUUAUCGCAGCAGUGGAUCAACACAACAGUACCCAGAUGAUGACUUUGAUCCAGGCUGUACCAGGACCCUGUUUGUCGGCAACAUUGAGAAAUCAACAACCUAUGGUAUCCUGAAAGAGGCUUUUGAACGAUAUGGAGAAGUUGUGGAUGUUGACAUCAAGAAGCAGCCUGGCAACAACCCAUAUGCCUUUGUACAGUUUGCUGAUCUUAGCAGUGCAAUCCAAGCACGUCGUCGCAUGGACAGAGAGUUCAUUGGACGCAACAGAGUCAAGGUUGGUUUUGGUAAAGUAGCUCCUAUCAAUACCAUAUGGGUAGGUGGUGUUACUGUCAGUCUUAGCGAGCAGCAGCUAGACAGACACUUCAGUCGAUAUGGGCGUGUCACUCGUGUGGUCAUCAAUCGAAUGACGAGUCAAGCUUUAAUCAGCUUCGAUGGUGUGGAGUCUGCUAGUAUUGCACAGAUGAAAGGAAGGAAUCUGUUUGGAAGACGCGUCAGGGUGGAGAUGGUUAGUAGAGACAGUCGUCAACUCUUCUACGACAACUUACAAAGAGUCGGUCAAACCGAGAGUACGGGUAGCUCUCGUCGCUACGACAUGUCCCCCCCUGACCGCUCACGUGGCCGAGGAAGUGCAACAGGGUACAAUGACUACAGACGUGGCAACCGAGGUGCCAUGCGAGGAGGCAUGAGGCGAGACUCUAGGGGUUACAGACCCUGGCAUCAGCGCAUGGAGUAUGACAAUUAUGGUACUGAGGGAGGAGGGGGAGGGGGUGGGUGGUACCACCAAGAUCAGCACCAAAGAAACCGAGGACCAUACGAAGGAGGACGAGAGUACGAGGGCGAUGAUUACGAUCAGGAACUCAAAGARUAUAACUCAAGAAGGCAGCGCGAGAGGGAGAGAGAGCGGGAGAAGGAGGACCGCCGAGAGAGACCCCACAGGGAGCGUCAUGAAGGAGAGUAUAGCGACAGUGAACAGUACUACCCUGCUAGACACAGCCGCUGGCCUGCAGAUGGAAGUAGCUCRGGCUCUUUUGAGGAAGAACCACGUGAACAUCGUCGUAGGCACCAGGACUACGCGGAAAAACGUGACCGGAAUGAUUACAGCGAGGAACGGGAAGCAGCUUCGUCGCCUGAAAAUAAGCCGGARGUGAACGAACGAGAYGAGAGACUUCGCGGGAAGUCACGGGAAAAGAAGAAACGAAGGCUGAAGCAUUCUGAAGAACGGGAGGAGGAGGAGGAAGAAGAAGAUAGUCAUAAGAGAAGAAAGAGGUCUAAAGGAGAUGGAGAAGUAAGGCUUGAAGUGGCGGAACACAGGAAGGAUUAUCCAUCACACCGUGCUGAACAUGAUGAGAAAAAAACAAGAGAUAGAAGCACAGAAAGAGCACGAAUAAAGAUGGAAGAAGAACCACGUGCACCUGCGCCAGAAGAAGCACCUCCCGAGAAGAAAAAGAAAGAAAAGAAAGAGAAGAAAGAAAAAGACAAGCGGAAGAAACCAAAACGAGUACGAACACCACCCCCUCCCCCAGAGGAAACGAAAAGUAGAGRGAAAGAGGAAGCAGUGACGACAGUUGAACGACUAGAGGUUAGAGAAGACAAGUCUGAGGGAAGAGACGAAGAGUAUCCUAAAGUAGCUGUCAAAACAGAACAGGCAGAGGUCAGUCGGUUAGAGAAUAAUAAAGAYGGUAGUUCAGACAACGAGGAGAAGACAACUAGUGAAAACAACAAACCAAAACGAAGGAUAUCAAGGGAAGAACGAGAACGAGAACCAGCUAGAUCACCAAGAAAGUCUUAUCGAGAAGAAAAAAGAAGAGAACUGAAUGAUGUAGAAAAUGGAAAAACUAAGAGAAGACGACAAUCUAUCGAAGAGUCCCCUCCGCCUCCCCCACCGCCGCCCCCCCCCCCCCCCCCGGAGUCCCCUCCGCCUCCCCCACCGCCGCCACCUCCACCCCCUCCCCCUGAGGAAGCUGUUCCCCUGGACAACACGCCUAUCACAUGCCUUCCAUUCGAUGGUGUCGGGCCAUCUCCGGUACGUAACGACACGCCCUACGAUAUCUCUCCACUUAGUAGAACCCCGAUAGCUACUUCCCCUGUACUACCGAGUAGCAAGAUUCCUCUUACUUCGGGAAUUAUAUCGACGCCACCGAUAGCUACUGCUUCGCCGGUACCACAAAUUGAGGCUCAUCCCGGUUCACAUAUGGUACCCUCACCACCGUCAGCACCACCCCACCAGCCAUACAACCAAGCCCCUCCCUCCGCCCAACCACCCAACGCUGAUACCCUACUAGAGCUCCUGUGUCGGUAUCCCGUGGUAUGGCAGGGUCUUGUAGCGCUCAAGAAUGACACGGCUGCCGUGCAGAUGCAUUACCUAUCGGGGAAUUCCCGUCUGGCCGAGGUGUCGUUGCCUCAAGCUCCUGUGACUGGUGUCGGGGCUGUUCCACCUCCUUUACGUAUCGCUCAACGGAUGARACUGGAGCCUUCRCAGCUGGAGGGUGUCGUACGACGAAUGCAGAGCAAGAAUGACCAUUGUCUGUUACUGGCUUUACCAUGUGGGAGAGAUCCACUAGACGUACACGCACAGACACGCGCACUCAAGAAUGGCUUCAUCACCUACUUACAACAGAAACAAGCGGCCGGGAUUAUUAAUGUUGCCAGGCCAGGCAGUGCACAGCCAAGCUAUGUUCUGCAUAUUUUCCCACCCUGUGAUUUCGCUCAAGAGCACCUGGCACGAGUAUCCCCAGACCUMCUAGACAGCGCAGUUGAUAGCGGCCAUUUAAUGGUAGUGGUGGCUUCGGUAUGAGUCACUCUCGACACGUGAAUUAAUUACAUACAAAUAUACAUAGAUAUACAUUAGUUUUCCAAUAUGUAAAAAUUGAUAAUCAUAGUCGAGGGAAAAGACCUAAUAGAUGUCUCCUUUCUCAUUAAAACGUCAUCAACCAAUGAAUGUCCGCGAAAUAGAUGUUCAAAAGGAUCACAAAAAAGAACACAAGGCCGAGUACAAUUCGGACUUCCGGUAUAUAGUUACCGGAAGUAUURUGAGAUAUAGGGCUUCCGUUUCGCUGAAACUACACACCACAUUAAAUUGAACUCGAGACUUCCGGUACACGGUAACCGGAAGUAUUAUGUAAAAUAGGAGUUCCGGUUGCGAAAAUCACUUCCGUUUGUUGCAUUAAGCAGUCUGCACUAACGACAUAAAUGCGAAUAUUUUAGAUAUUUGUAGUAUACUUGAAAAAACAUUCUUCUGUUAUCUUUCCUAGAAAGUAGAGCUAAAGAAACUAGAAAUAAUUAUUGUCAUAAUUCUGGCCUUAAACAUGGUAAAUGCUUUUUCUCAUAUAUAAAUGUCAGGCAUCCCAGACCCCCUAUAUAUCCUAUAUUUCCUAUAAUUUGUAUAGGAUCCUAUAAAGAGCCUAUAUUUAAAGAAAACCUCCUAUAUUUCCUAUAAAUAGGACGACUGCUGAGUGAUACAUUUACAUU